AUGAAAGCUCAAAAUGCGGUUCCGGAUGGUGGUUGGGGCUGGGUCAUCGUUUUCGGUUCAUUUCUUUUGCAUAUCGCAAUGGAUGGUUUUGUCUAUCCACUUGGCGUCGUUUCCGAGGCACUCGUUACGGAAUUCGCCUCAACAACAACGAUUUCCGCGUUGAUGUUGGCUCUUUUAACGGGGAUUACGUUAGGAGUCGGUCCCUUGGCCUCAGCUUUAACCACUCGAUUUGGAUGUCGACUCACCGUCAUCUCUGGCGCUUUUUUAGCAGCUUUAGGAAGUUUCCUCUCAGCAUUCGCUUCUUCAAUGUGGAUGAUCACAUUUUUCGUCGGUGUGCUUAUUGGGGUCGGCUGUGGUUUAAUCUAUUGCCCAGCUGUGCUCAUCGUGACGAUUUACUUUGAGAAAAAGCGUUCGUUAGCCACAGGGAUGAUGGCUUGUGGAGCUGGGGUGGGCACGAUUCUCUUUGGUCCAAUCGACGAUUUCGUCGUUCGAACCUACGGAUGGAGAGGCUUUUUCUUUAUGUUUUCAAUUCUUUUCAUCGCUUGCUCACUCGUCGGCGUCACUUUUCGUUCGUUUGAGAAAAAUCAAUUAAAAGAUGUAGAAAGCGAUGAAUUUUUACGAGAAUCUCCAGAAGUUAAAUCUAUUGAAGAAAGCCAACAAAACAACAAAGAUUUACUUAAAUCUUCAACAUUUUUACUCUACUUGAUCUCUUUUCUAAUGACAUGCAUUGGAUAUAAUUCACCGAUAUAUUUCUUGCCGAAGAGAGCACAAGAGGCUUUGGGACUCACGUCAAGUGAUGCGGCGUGGAUACUCUCCAUAUAUGGUGUCAACAAUACAAUCGGCCGUUUCGUUCUCGGUUGGAUCGGUGAUAAAGAGUUCACCUUUCUACCGUCAGAUAUUGGAAAGGAUAAGCCGAGAAAUCGUCUUUUCCUUUACAUUUGCUGUCUUACGUUAUGCGGUUUUCUUUGCAUUGGAGUUGGGUUCUUUCAAAGCUUUUUGACUUUAUGCAUUUUUGCUGGGAUUUUCGGAUUUUUGCUCGCAGCCGCUGUCUCAUUAGUAUCAGUGAUUCUCGUUGAUUUGGUGGGAAUCGAGAAGAUUGGAAGUGCUUUCGGAAUCGUUCUCGUUGCACAGGCAAUCGGAACUCUGAUCGGUCCACCAAUAGCCGGAUGGCUAUCGGAUUUGAGCGGUGAUUCUCUGUGGUCUUUCGUCUUUUCUGGUCUUAAUCUCACAUUUUCUGGCGUAAUUCUGCUUUUACGAUUUGCAAAUUUAAAAAACCUUUUAUUUAUAAGUGAACCCGCGAAU